AUGAAUACAUUUUCAAUCAUCCAAAAAGACGCAAAACAACUUCAUAUUGGAGUUGACAACACAUCUCACCGGAUGGUCACAUUGAUGUUUAUCUUAAUGAUAGUAACGAUGACAUUCAAGAAAUACAAACGCCUCAUCCUCCCAUUGGAAGGGGCAAAGCAAAAGCUAAAUGAAAAAAGAAAAGAGACAUCUUCAAAUUCGUCGGUCAGAACUGGACGGUCAACCAAAUCCGAGGAAAUGAUGGUGCAAAUGACACAAUUGAAUACAACUUUGGAGAAACAUAUUAUCGAAAAACCGUCUGACUCACGAAAAUUCACUGUUAAUACAAAAUGUGAGACACCUCGACCUCGAAGAUCAAGAAGCAGCUAA